CUCCCAGGUACUUUCUACAAUGUUAUUUAAUCCUUGAAUGUUAAUCUUAUUCCCAAACGAUUGACAAAUAUAUAAGACUUGGUAACAUUGCGAAUAAAAAAACCAGUCGUAGGAAGUGGAGGAGUGCAAGAUUUGUAUAAAAAUAAUUUUUAGUUAUGGAUUGAAUGGCUAAAAUCCACAUGUAAAUAGUUAUCAAGGAAAAAAAAUAAAACUACAAAAUUGUUUAAUAAAACUUUAAUAAAUAGCAAUAAAAAAGAAUUUCUUCAUAAUAACAAACAUUCAAGCAAAGGCAAUUUUACAAUUUGUGAAUUUUGAAGAAAAAACUUUGUUAUAAUGUAUUAGUAAGGUAACGCCCACUUAAAACGAAAACCGAAGGCGUACAAUCCAAGCAAACUUGCAUCACUUAGUGCGGAGGUCAUCGAAGGUUCCUGUAAUAAAUCAAAUACACCAUAAAGAUAGAAACGUGUGUAGUGUGUAGUAUCUGUGUUGUGUGAGUUAAAUGGCUGCUAUAGACGACACGCCCACGCCGCACAUGCUAAUCACUUCGACCGAUGCAUAUACAAAAGUAAGCGAACAGGGUGUGUUAUCAAUAGAUAAUGGGUGUGCCAACAAUGGCCUAAGGGAGGAGAAAAUGCAUUCGAGCAAAGUUCGUGAUUCUGUUAAUGGGAUAAAACCAUCGCAAAACAUUUUGUUGGCGGCAACUGUUAUUAAAUCUGAACCACCUUUAGAUAUCUACGAUAGCAAUACAUUAGACGAAGAUAACAAAAGGGCCUCGCCACAAAUACGCUUAACGCCAACUAGCAAGCUCUUGGCUCCUCAAUCAUCAUCAACAACUGAUCCUUUAUUAUUGAAAAAGAAAUACGCUUGCCCUUAUGAAAAUUGCACCAAAAGCUAUGGGAAAAGUUCUCAUUUGCGUUCUCAUCUUACAUGGCAUACCGGAAUAAAGCCUUUUGUGUGUCAAGAACUUGGCUGUGGUAAGGGAUUUACUCGUUCCGACGAACUAAAUCGUCAUGUACGCACUCAUACCGGCGAAAAACCGUUCGAGUGUAUGCAAUGCACAAAACGAUUCUCGCGUAGUGAUCACUUAAGUAAACAUUUGGCAACGCAUGCCAAACAAAUGACAAAUGGUAACACUAGAAAACCGAGGACAAAUAAACAAGCUAUAGCUAUCGGACCUGCACCUACAAAAAUUAUAAAAGUUGAAAGCGAUGAUAUUAAAAUGGAUUGUAAUGAUGGUAUACAUUUUAUGGCCUCAAUGGUAGAAAAUCGUCAGACCGCCUCGCCAGAGAAUUUAACUGAUGAAGCCAUACUGCCGAUAGAAACAGUAAAAAUUAAAUUGGAAAAACCUGAUUAUAGUGAACAUCAAUAUCAUAUGGUUAACGCAAUAUCUAUGCCGGCAUACAGUGGAGAUAAUGCUGAGAAUGAAGAUAACAAGCCCGAUUUAUUAAAUCAAGGUUAUCAAGAGCAAGAACAUUUCGAAGCUCCUCUUAGUCCAUCAUUGCUAGUGCCUGAAGUUAAAAUGGAACCUGGUAUAAAAAUUGAACCAGAAGUCUAUAUAAAAAAUGAAAUAAUGUAUGAUCACAACGACGAUAAUGAAGGAGAAGAGCCCGACGAUAACGCCAUUAUGCCUGAAGCUAAUCUACCACCUUUUAAUAAUGUAAACCCACAAUAUAGUCUUUUACAUACUACUUCUGUUGAUAGUGUUUACGAUCCGGAACGACCUUAUAAAUGUACGGUAUGUUCCAAAUAUUUUAAACGUCAAGAUGAUCUCAAUCGACAUAUGCGGGUGCAUACCGGUGAAAAACCAUUUAAAUGUAACGAAUGUGAUAAGGGUUUUAAGCGUAGCGAUCAUCUUAAGAAACAUUUGAAUACGCACAUCAGGCUAAGAUGAGUUUUGCGGGGCAUCGACGACGGUGAUAAGAUAGUAGCGAAGCGUAAGAAGGCAAUUGGAAUCUAAAACAAGGGACGAGAAGAUUUCAAUAUCGUAACUGAAAUAAAAUAGUUACGCCUGCGAAGUCUUUCAUCACCUUUUGCAGACACUUGUACAUGUUUUAUAUUUAAAAAAAAAGAAAAACACAAAAACAAAAAAAGGCGAAUUCGAUUUCUUUUCUUUUUCUGUUUGGUAUUAUAUUAAAAUUUAUAAUUGUGUAAUGCUAAGAGCAAGCUUUACUUGAAGGCUGUUUUCAAAAUAUAAUUUAUUUACCACCCAAGCAAGUAAGGCUUUCCUUAGGUAAUGUUUUUCAAUUCCUUUACAAGAAAUGAAUAAAUUAUAUGAAAUUUUUUUAUUUUUUUUUUUUUCUAAUAUUACUUUAAAGCA